CCGGUUCGCUCGGGCACUGAUCUGAUCACGUUUAGUAACGGGCCACGCGCGCCCGUGUGUAUGUGUGCGCGAUCUCUGGUGUGUGCGUAGGCGUCGGCCACUCUCUCGGAGUGAGAUAAUUCUAGCCACCGGGCGGGUGUUACGGAAUACUUCAAAAACAUUUACGGGGCUUCGUGCCGCGUGACGUGUCGUUCGAAGUUACCCACAGCUGUGUCGAUGCACAGACACAGACGGCUGUCCAACCCCACACAGCAAAGUGCGCGGUGUGCGUGGUGAUCCGUUUUUCACUAAAAGAGGUGCAUCCCUUAUAAAUUUGGACGGCCGUGUGCUAUAAACCGUAGGUUCGCGCGCCAUGGGGUUGUGCUGUGGUGGGUCAGAUCGUGUGGUCAAACAUUCGAAGGAAGAUGUGCAACAUCCGGCAGAGAGCGAACCACUCAAAUAUGAUCCCGAUUUUAAGGGGCCCCUCUCGAAACGAUCGUGCACCGAUCUGCCGUGUCUGCUGCUGUUUCUCGGAUUUCUAGCUGGAUGGGGCUUCGUUGCUUACUAUGCUACGCAACAUGGGGACCUAAACCGGCUUCUCGUGCCAACGAACUCAUAUGGACUGAAAUGUGGUGUCGAUAGCGAGGUGAGAGAGGAGCCCUAUCUUGUGUUCUUCAACAUUACCGAGUGUGCCAAAAUUGAUGUGCCUAUCUACGGCUGCAAGACUCCGCAGGUCUGCGUGAAAGAAUGUCCGGGUGAAGAUUUUGACUUUGGCCUAGCAAGCUGCAGCACCUCGAACCUUGCCACUAUCCAAGCGAAACUUAUUUGUGAGCAUCGGGUCAAGAAAAACGAACUUACGUCAUGUGGGAAGAUACGAGAAUAUAUUGAGGAAGGUCGCUGUGCCCAAGCAUUCCAGAAGAGUACACCGUUGGCAGGACGGUGUAUAUCUAAUCUUCCCGAAAGCCAAUGCCCGUACGUACCACCAAAAAUGCUUCAACUUCGGCAACAGCUAUUGGGCAGUGCGAAACAGCAGUCCGCGGCAGACCACUGCACCGAGCAGCGAGCGCUUGGGCGAGAAAUUUUGGAAGAGAAAAUGGCCAAGUUGCAAUCCUUUUUGGCACGAUAUGUCAAUAAUCUUAUAGCGGUCGUCACGAACGACAAUAGUGUCCAUCAGACCAGUCAAAUGAUUGUCGAAGAUGUUCUGGAAUCAUGGCAGAUGAUACUGGUGUUCUUGGGGGGUUCGAUGUUGGCUAGCCUGCUCCUGAUUACGAUGCUCCGCUGGGUAGCCAAACCACUCGUCUGGAUCUCGAUCGUUGGCGUUAUCGCAGCGCUUAGCUAUGCCGUUUACUACAGCUACACUGAGUAUCGAAAAAUCAGUGCCAACCCAGUGGCGGCCCACGUAAACGUUUCGCCCAACUUGAGCUCGCUGAUAAACUCCUGGUUUAAGUCGGAUCAAACGUGGCUUUGGAUUCUUAUCGUUACAUCGAUUGUAUUGGUCGUUUUGUUGCUGGUGGUGCUGGUGCUACGUAAAAGGAUCGUCAUCGCAAUCGCUCUCAUCAAGGAAGGAAGCAAGGCAGUCAGCGCCAGCUUCUCUACCGUAUUUUUUCCAAUCGUUCCUUGGAUUCUGCAAGCUGGCGUGAUUGUGUUCUCGGUGGUGGUUCUACUCUUUUUGGCAUCCAUCGGCAAUCCGGUGCACAAAGUUUACGGCCUGAAUACGUCGAGCUCUUGUGUGUGCACCAAUGGCUACAAAGAAGGUGAUGUGUGUGACCCCACCGUGUUUAACGAAAAGUGCAGAGAUGUCAGCGUGCGAACCGACGGACAAGCGAGGUGCCUCGAUGCGGCCUGCCACUUCCAGGAAGUUGAUACUCCGCCACUUGUGGGAUAUUUCCAUGCCGUGAACGUCUUGGGAUUCUUCUGGGGCAUUUGCUUCGUCUCCGCGUUUAGCCAGAUGGUGUUGGCUUUCACCUUCGCAACCUGGUACUGGACGCGGCAAAAGUCCCGCCUACCGUUCUUCGUCCUAACGCGCGGCGUUACGCGCACAAUCUUCUUCCAUCUCGGGACGCUAGCUUUCGGCUCACUGAUCAUAGCGAUUUGCAAGAUCAUCCGAGCCAUACUCGAAUACUUGGACCAUAAGCUGAAGAAGUUCGACAACAGUGUUACGCGCGCGAUUCUGUGCUGCUGCCGAUGCUUUUUCUGGUGCCUGGAGAGUUUCUUGAAGUUCCUAAACACCAACGCGUACAUUAUGUGCGCCAUCUAUGGCACAAACUUCUGCUCCAGCGCUCGGGACGCGUUCGGUUUGCUCACUCGGAACAUACUGCGCGCAAUAGCCCUGGACAAGGUGACCGGAUUCCUGUUCUUCCUGUCGAAGCUGCUCCUGGCGUGCGGAAUGGCGGCCGUUACUUAUACGUUCUUCGACAGUGACAUUCCCAAGACCCCGUUGAACUUUCCCUUCGUGCCGGCUACACUUGUGUUCAUCGGCACGUACAUCAUUGCGUCGAUAUUUUUCAGCGUGUAUUCGGUAGCGGUGGAUACGUUGUUCCUGUGUUUCUUGGAAGAUUGCGAGCGGAAUGAUGGCAGCGCCGAGAGACCGUUUUUCAUGUCGAAGAGCUUACUGAAAAUACUCGGAAAGAAGCAGCAAGCGAUGCGAAACUGAAGCCAAAGAGUCGCCGGAACGAGAACCAUUUGCAAUAACGAAACCGUGAAACGCCCAACGCCGGUGAACAAAACGACGCAGGACAGAUCUCUCUCGGAACGCGAGGAUUUAUCGCACAAUGGAACGGCAACAUAAAAUAUAAUGCGAUUCCCGAUCAAUUUCAAACUGAUCUAAGUAUUUAAGUAUGCGUCCCACGGGCAUACCAAAAUGCGGCUAGGCUUAAGACUUUAUAUUUUGAUACUAAUUUAUACGACGCGUAUACCAUUGGUGUGAUAAAGAUGAAAGGAUAUGAAUUCGUUCUUUUCGCAGAACAGGAUUUCUGCAAAAAGCCCCGUUGGGCUAGUGGAUGUAGCGAAGUUGAACUUUUUGUGAAGGCGUUCGUUCCCAGAAUUAUUAUUCUUACUUGUACCGAAUACCUCUCAAAAAGGCAUCUAGCGAGUAUGUAAAAGUUCUACACAAUAUUUAGGAAUAGAUAUUUCGAAUAAGUAAAACAUACAACUCAGAGUUGCCAAUGAGUGUAAGAAUUUACAAUGCAGAGAGAAGCAUAACGAGAUAGGAACGAAAUGUGUGAUCACUCAAACAGGGAAAUGUUGUGAAUUCCGAAUUACAGUUGGUAACGGUAAGAAGAUUGCGGUUGACGGACAUAGUGGAAUGUUAAGUAUGAUCCCAAAGGACGUACAAUGUGCUCUGUAUAUCAUGUACCACUUUAAAAUAAAGUCGUUUUUUAACUUUACAU